CUCAAGGACUCCUUUUCAGCCUUCUCUUCCCUCCCAGAUUCCCACUUUACGACCAGAAUAUUUGAUUUCUGGUUCUCGCCUCCCUGGUUGCUCUACGCUCUUGCCUAACGGUCUACCACAACUUCACUUGCCCUCGCGGGUUUAAUUCGGUAGACUAGCAACCAUGGCAGCUGCUACUCAGACAGCCAACCUGAAGGUUUGCUUCCUCAGCGGGAGCGAGUCGAAGCUGGGCUCUUCCUUCACCCAGACCGCCUCGUUCGCGCCUAAGACCGGCGUCAGCUCCACCCCUCGCAAGCUGACCGUCAGGGCCGCGCGUGAGAAGUUCGAGAGGACGAAGCCCCACGUUAACAUUGGUACUAUCGGGCACGUCGAUCAUGGAAAGACCACCCUGACAGCAGCCAUCACCACAGCUCUUGCCUCCGUCACCGGUGGCCAGGCUAAGAGGUACGAUGAGAUCGACGCGGCUCCCGAGGAGAGGGCUCGCGGUAUCACCAUCAACACUGCUCACGUCGAGUACGAGACGGAGGCUCGGCACUACGCUCACGUCGACUGCCCCGGUCACGCCGAUUACGUUAAGAACAUGAUCACCGGUGCCGCUCAGAUGGACGGAGCCAUUCUCGUCGUUUCCGGUGCUGAUGGCCCCAUGCCCCAGACUAAGGAGCACAUUCUUCUGGCCAAGCAGGUCGGUGUGCCCGCCAUGGUGGUGUUCAUGAACAAGGAGGAUCAAGUCGAUGAUGCCGAGCUUCUCGAGCUGGUCGAGAUGGAGGUCCGUGAGACUCUGUCCAACUACGAGUUCCCUGGUGACGACAUCCCCAUCACCGCGGGCUCUGCUCUCAUGGCCCUCGAGCACCUCACUGCUAACCCCGGUGCCAAGCGCGGCGACAACCCCUGGGUGGACAAGAUCCUGACUCUCAUGGACACGGUCGAUGACUACAUCCCCAUCCCCGAGCGCGCUGUGGACAAGCCCUUCCUCAUGGCCGUCGAGGACGUGUUCUCCAUCACCGGCCGUGGGACCGUCGCCACUGGCAGGGUGGAGCGUGGCAUCGUCAAGGUCGGUGACACAGUCGAGCUGGUCGGUCUGAAGGAGAUGAGGACGCUGACCGUGACUGGACUCGAGAUGUUCCAGAAGAUUCUCGACGAGGCUAUGGCCGGUGAUAACUGCGGCAUGCUCCUCCGUGGUAUCCAGAAGACUGAAAUUCAGCGAGGGAUGGUGCUGUCCAAGCCCGGUUCCAUUAAGCCGCACAACUCGUUCGAGGCCUCUGUGUACAUCCUGAAGAAGGAGGAGGGUGGCAGGCACUCGCCCUUCUUCGUUGGCUACAAGCCCCAGUUCUACAUGCGCACAACUGAUGUUACUGGAUCCGUCACAAAGGUGUUGAGCGACAAGGGUGAGGAGACGAAGAUGGUCAUGCCUGGCGACAGAGUGAAGAUGGUUGUGGAUCUGCUCGUGCCUGUCGCUAUUGAGAAGCAAAUGCGCUUCGCCAUCCGUGAGGGAGGCCGCACUGUGGGCGCUGGUGUUGUGUCUGAGAUUCUGAACUAGAUACCGUUUGCCUGCCUAAAGGUAGUCUGCCUCGGUCUGUGAGGGCUGGGCUGACGCAACCCAGUCUCUUGUAUGUCCAUUUCAGUUUUCCUUAUUACCUAGCAUGACAAUUUUUCAAGGUGCUGCUGCUCUUACCUAAAAUGGUUUCCAAUAUUUCCAAUGGUUUCCACCUCACCUGACAUUGCAAUGAAUUUGCAUAUCAGAA